AUGUCCGAUGAUGAUGAGUUAGUGCCGAUUCAGAUGUUCGCCGAGCCAGAAAGCUAUGUGGUGCCUACGCCAAAAGGCAAGGAGAUCACUUAUCAUCUAUCAGGCAGUGGAGAACCCGUAUACGUAAAUUUACUCGGCUCCUCACCGUUGUAUGGUCAUAUUUUAACGAAUGCAUGCAAGUACUUAGCAGGAUAUUUGGAGAAUCAUACGGAGGACCUUGUUAAAACUAAAAAUGUUUUAGAAUAUGGUGCUGGAGGCGCUUUACCUUCACUUAUAUGUGCCAAAUCGGGUGCUUCAAUGGUGGUGGCCACUGACUACCCCGACGCAGAUCUAAUAUCCAACAUUCAAAAGAAUAUUGAUCAAAAUCAUGUCAAUGCAAAUUGUAAAACUGUCGGAUUUAUUUGGGGCAAUGAUCCCAAAGAGAUUAUGGCUCAGUUGGAUAGUACGCAUGCCGUAACUUUUGAUACAAUCAUUCUCAGCGAUGUCAUUUUUAACCACACUGAGCAUUAUAAGUUGCUUAAAUCGUGCAAGCAAAUGUUGACGCCUAUAACGGGGAAAGUAUUAGUCACUUUCUCCCCUCAUAGACCAUGGCUAUUCAAAGAGGAUAUGGAUUUCUUUAACAAGGCUGAGGAGCAAGAUUUUGCAUUUGUUCCCGAAUUGGUUGAGAUGAAGCAUUACUUGCCACUAUUCAAAGACGACAAAGACGAAAGUACUAAGGAGAUUAGAAGCCGCGUUUAUUUUUACAUGCUUCAUGCGUCAAAGUAA